UUGUGUUGGCAGGAUGAUGUGGGGUCAUUGGGAUAUCUGAGUGUGAGAUUGGUCUGAAAUGAAACAGAUUGCAGAACGGUGAUCUGAUUCAGUGUGGAUUUAGUGAUGUAUCUGUGGAUUAGCGGAGUGGAGCUUAAUACACUAACUUGUGACUGUGGCACCUGGGUUUUGUUCAGAUGAAACAGAAGCAGAAAGCUGUAUAGUGCAGAAAUCGCUUCCUCCAAAUUUUGUUUGUUAUGAGGUGAUGGCCGUGUUAUCCCAUCUGCGCUCCCCCAAACUGUCCUUCCUACAGACCCUUCUGGCCUUGGCCCUCUCGGCUGUGGCCCUGUUGUCCUCUCAUUGGUGUUCCGGUAGACAGAAGGUUCCGAAGCCGCUCUGCACCGCCUCCAGGCUGCACCGCUGCACCCCAGUCCCUGGUGUGUCCAACACAUCAUCUCAGUUCUCCUGGGAGACCGGUGACGACCGCUUUAUCUUCCCCACCUUUCAUGCUGGAAUCUGGAGUAGCUGCGAGGAAAACAUACACACAGAUGCUUGGGAGGAGAAAUGUCGCAGUUUCAUGGCUCUGACGCCUGGAUCAGAGAAAGCAUUCUUCUGGCUAUGUGUGGGGAUGGAGCUGAUGUAUAUCAGUCUGUUGUGUAUCAGUUGUGUGUUACUGUCAGUGCAGUUGUGUUUGUCUGCCUGGUGGCCACUGGCUCAUCGCUGGGGAUGGCUGCUGAAUGCUUAUGCUGCUGUGUUCACCGUGCUGGGAGGUUUGGUGGGGAUGGUGGCUCACAUCAUGUUCAUGCAGGUGUUCCAAGUCACAGCCUCAAGUGGGCCGGAGGAUUUCAAACCACACAGUUAUGGAUACUCUUGGGCCUUUUACACGGCAUGGGUGGCCUUCACCUGCUGUAUGUCCUCUGGUAUCUCCACACUGAAUAACUACACUAAGAAGGAGCUGAUGGUGGGGUUGAAGCAGAGGGCCGUGUUUUAUCCCUGCAAAAACUUUACCUUUCCACCGCAGUCAUCACACAUGCCAUUCUACUGCCCACCCCCACCACCCCCACAAUCUCUGCCUCCACCAUCUCCCCCGCCACCACCUCUGUCACCUUUAUCGCCCUACUAUUGCCCCCGCACCCCUCCAUCUCCCCCUAACAAAUCCUUCACCCCUCCCCCUUCCCCUCCUGCUCCUGUCUAUCCAUAUUACACUCAUCCUCCUCCCUCACCAUCUCCAUCUCUCUCUCGCAGUGGGAAUCUCCAACCUCUGACGCCCCCUGAGCCCAUCCUUCCUGGACCACAGAUCCUGGCACUGAGGGCUUAA